AAAAAGAUUAAAUUAAUUUAAACUUCCUCGGACUACAUACAUAAAACACACAGACUUUGUGUCUGAGACUUCUUUAUGUAAACUCUGGAUCCUCCUGGAGUAACACAGAUGGCAGCAAAGGAUCAGGUCCACAGUGUAGUUCCAGUGUCAGAUAUAUUUAUUAGAGUCCGGAGGUUGAGAAAGUACCAAAAGUUCAAAGCCACAGUCCCAGCAGAUGAGUCUACACUAAAUAAUGUAGUUACCAUUAAUUUCUUCCAAUAUCAUCCUUGUGAGAACUUCAGGUAAUGUGUGUACAGUCAGUAGAGCAGCAAUAAUUGAAAUAGAAACUGUAGUUCUGAACACUGAAUAUUGGUUUUAAUCGUAGAAUUAAGUAUCAGUAAGAAGAAUGCAGACUUCAAAAUUUAUAAGUACUCUUCAGAAAACAGGUUAAUGAUGUUUUCUCAGUAUUCAUUUAAUUUCUUUCUAGAAGGUUUUCUUGGUUUCUUUCAAUCCAAGUGCAUGUGCUGAAUGGACCAAAGAGGUAAAUGUAGUCCUUGUGUACAUUGGGAGCUUCUUUCACAUGACAUGAGACUGUUUCAGCCUGAGCACGUGGUGAGGCAGGAGGAGAGUGCUGGUUUUCCCUGUUAUUCCUUCAGUUUGGGAUGGGACUGGCAGCAGUCAGGGGUUAGUGGAGGCUGUGGGGGAAGCCCCCACAUCAUAUCGCAGCCCUUGAGUCCUGGCAGCUGCUGAGAGCUGGGAAUGAGAAACUGAUAGCAGGAUAACAACUUUGUUAGGUAAAAUAUAACUGCUGUGCUGAAACUUGACCAAGGCAGCCAUCAUUAAUGAGAGCAGAUGUAAAAGAUCCCAUGACACUAAAUUGGUCAUCCUAUAUAGAACCUAUUACCGAAGAAUUUGAGAACUUGCAAUCUUUAGCAGCAGCAGCUCCCUGCAGGGGAUGGCAGUGCUGUGUCUGUGGGCUGGUGUCACACGGGGGCUGAGAACUUGCUCAGCCCUUGGCAGAACAGAGCUGACACAGCCUUUGGCUUCCUCCACCCGCUGAAGGAGGCACUGGACUGCCCCGUCCUGUGGUGGCAGUGCCCGGCUCAGUGCCCGUCAGUGACACCCGCGCUGCUGCAGUGCUGCUCCCCCCGCCAUGUGCCCCCGGGAGCCUUGUGACCAUCCCGAAACCGGCAGGGAGCCUCGUGCUGUGUCCAUGCACGGCCCCGGCUGUGGUGAGGGGGUGUCGGCGGUGCCGGGUGUCCCUGCCCGGUGCCUCCCCGCGGUGGGACCGCAGCUCCCGCCCGCCCGCGCCGGGCCCGCCCCCGCUGCUAAAGCGACGUGUCGGGCGGCCCGGCAGGCACCUGCGGCGGCCUCAGCCUGCGGGGCUCGGGCCUCCGGGGCUGUGCCAGCGCUGCCCCGCCGCCCCUGCGGCCCCCUCAGCGACAGGCACGUCCUGCUUCCCUCGCAGGCUCCUGCUGACAGACCCUGGCUUGGCUAGAGGACCUGCAGCCUUCUGUCCCUGUUGCCCCCGCAGAGCCUCCUGCUGCUCCUGGCUCCCCGUGGGUCUCUGCUAUGUUGCCCCGUGGGCCUUAAGCACGUUCUCUGCAGCUGGUGCAGUGGUCAUCUUGAGUAACAACAUUCACAGCUUCGAAAACGAACGUCACUUAAAUUGAGAGCCAGUGACGGUUUUCCAGUAAGUGAACCAAGUAAACAAACACAUCAAACCAACCUGCACCGGAUCAUCGGUUCAGCAGGGAACUGUACAACAGCCAACGAGAUCGGGGUCAUGUUUUUACAGCACAGUGGUGCUUAAUACCAGCACAUCCAGCAAAUCAUGAAGGCUAAAACCAAAGGAAAGAAGCAAAGGCAAACUGUUGACAAAGAAGCAUUUUCUGAGGAGUCAGCCAUGAGAAAAAAAGAACUGGCGAAAUGUUUGCGACGCAGAGAAAGGAGGAAUGGGGGAAACAAGGAGAGCAGUAAGAUCACUGCAGCCAGAGCCAAGCGCCCUUGGAGCACCAAGGACAGGCACCUGAGGAGGCUGGAAAGCAAUGAGAGGGAGAGACAGAGAAUGCACAAGCUCAACAACGCGUUCCAGGCCCUGCGGGAGGUGAUCCCUCACGUGAGGGCUGAGAACAAACUGUCCAAAAUAGAGACUCUCACACUGGCCAAAAACUACAUUAAGUCCUUGACCUCCAUUAUACUCAAUAUGUCCAAUGGACACUUUCCAGCAGCAGAAGGGAUGGGGGGAACCUGGGGGUCCAAAUUGUACCAACAUUAUCAACAGCAGCAUGGGGAGGAUGACCAUGAGGAACAUCUACAGAAACGUGCCAUGUAGAUUCCUAGCUUCAGCCAGAACACCCACAGUUAGCUGCUGCCAUCAUUAUUUUUCCUUCUUACAUCAUAAUACAUGUCAGUAAUUGGAGCUUUUAAGAGACUGGUUUUGCCUCCAGCUCUCCCCUCUUUUUUUUUUUUUUUAAAGACAAACAGGCAACACUCAUGGCUAUAGUUUAUAUGGCACAUUAAAAAGCUACCUUAAACUAUAAGAAUUUUUCAGAGCAUAAUGAAUGUAUUUGUGGGUUUGCCAGAGCUUGGAAACCUAUCCUGUAACACUGGAGUUGAUUUGAAUAUAAGGAUUUAGUAACUUUUGAAAGUCACCCUCCUUGGGAAGGUUGUGAGUUGAGCUUUUAAGGUCUCUGUCACCUUAGUUCUUUGGAGCUUGGGGAAUUGUGGCUGUUCCCCAGCCUUGCAGUGCCUGUUGUGAUCUCCCAGGCCACAGAGGAAAAUAAAAUUGAUGACUGAAGUGACAGGAUAGGAAAUCAGUCACUAAAUCUGAA